AUGAUGCAAAGUCCUAUAAUUAGUGAUGAAGGUGGUCGGUUGGUAAAUUCAAUGGAGCAGGUAGAGUUUAAAGAUGGCGUUGUUUCCACUUCUGUAAAUUUCACAGAUGCCCCAGAUGGCACUGAGGAAACAGCAAGAUCAGGUGGGCAAGCAGCCACAGAAUCGAACGAUCAGCAAAUGGCACCGAAUAUUACAUCACUUAACCUGGAAUUUAUCGCGAGGCCUAUGCUGCCAUUGAAAGUUACGCAAACUGUUCACAAGGGGUUUUCCUUUUCAUUAAUGACAUAUAACUGCUUGGCACAAUCGUUAAUAAGACGAUCAUUAUUCCCAACUAGUGGACGUGCACUGAAAUGGACAAAACGAAGUAUGGUAUUGCUCAAAGAGUUUAAGCAUUAUAACGCAGAUGUGCUAUGUUUACAGGAGAUUGACUAUACACAAUACUACUCAUUUUGGAUGAAUAGAUUAUCAAACUUAGGAUAUGGUUCUAGAUUCCACCGCAUGGAUAAUAAGAGUCAUGGUGUGGCAAUUUUUUGGAAGAAGGAUCUGUUCAUUUGGAUGGAUCAAAUGCUAAUAAAUUUCGAUAAUGAAGACUCAGGCGAAAUAGAGCCCAGGAAAACGACUAACAAUGUUGGCAUGAUCCUAGCAUUGGGAUUUAGUGAUAAAGUUAAGCAAUCCUUUCCUGGAACUGUGAAGAGUGGAAUAAUUGUUGGAACUUCCCAUUUGUUUUGGCAUCCGUUUGGAACGUAUGAAAGAACUCGUCAAUGCUAUGUUAUAUUGAAUAAAAUGAAGGAAUUUAUUCAUAGAGUACACUUAUCGCAAAAUGAGCAUCAUACAGAUCUCACGAAGUGGUAUCCUUUCUUUUGUGGAGACUUCAAUUCUCAGCCAUUUGACGCACCUUAUUUAUCUAUCACGAGUAAACCAGUCUUAUACAGUGGUAGAGCGAAAACAGUAAUCGAAUGUAGCGCUGCAUAUAAGUUCCCUGAUCUCGGAGCUGGUGCAAGAGGGGCGAAUGAAGAUGGAGGAACUGUUGGGGAGGAUCGGCCCGUUGAUCCUGUCCCCGAAUCCUUUCAACCUACCGCUGAAGUGUCCAGUUUAGUUCAAAAAAUGGAAAAGCUACAUAACUCCUUAGAUAUGAGGGCCAUCUCGCUAUACGCAGUUGCAUAUAAGCACGUUCACCCUGAUAAUGCGGGAUUGGAUAACGAACGUGGAGAACCAGAAAUAUCCAACUGGGCAUAUACAUGGAGAGGGCUUUUAGAUUACAUCAUGUAUAUUACCCCAUGGCAAGCUUCGAAUAAUGUUGAAGUUGAUUCACUAGAAAGUUUUGAAAAAUUAUCACAUAUUACUGUCCAAGAAAUGUUAAGGAUGCCACCUGCAAAAGAGAUGAGCAGCCAUGGCCAGCCACACGACGGCGAAUAUCCUAGCGAUCAUCUGGCAAUGAUGUGUAAAUUGGAGGUGGAGAUGUAA